GACAACAAUGCUACGCAAGGGUAUUACAGGGAGCUUUGGAGCUGCUAUCCAUGGCCUCAACACCACCCAGCUGACAGAUGGUGUGAUUAACAGGAGCAAAAGGAUGAUGCUGGACACCCUGGGUGUUGGGUUGUUAGGAACCGGGACAGCUGUCUUCAACAAGGCUCUCACAUAUAGCCAGUUGUUCCGGUCUGAUGAGAGGAGCAGUGUUUGGGGUAAAUCUGAGCUCACCCUUCCUCCUCAUUACGCUGCAUUCGUCAAUGGCAUCGCGGUUCACUCCAUGGACUUUGAUGACACUUGGCACCCUGCGACUCAUCCCUCUGGAGCUGUGCUGCCCGCCCUGCUGGCCCUGGCAGACACUCUGCCCAGCCGGCCCUCUGGUCUGGACCUGCUGCUGGCCUUCAAUGUCGGCAUCGAGGUGCAGGGCAGACUCAUGAGGUUCUCCAGAGAGGCCUACAACAUCCCUGAGAGAUUCCACCCUCCCAGCGUGGUUGGGGUGAUGGGUAGUGCUGCAGCCUCGGCUAAGCUCCUGGGUCUGUCCCCUGCACAGUGCGCUCACGCUCUGGCCAUUGCAGCCUCCUCCGCUGGGGCUCCUCUGGCAAACGCCGCCACGCAAACCAAACCUCUGCACAUAGGAAACGCUGCUCGGAGAGGCCUGGAGGCCGCUCAGCUGGCACAGAUGGGACUGGAGGGGAAUCCUGCCAUCCUGGAUAUGAACUGUGGGUUUGGGGUUUACUACAAGGACUACAGUCCUUCAGCGAUGGCAGUGUCUGCCUCUACUGACUAUAAAUGGAUCCUGGAGGAUCAGGACGUGGCCUUCAAGCGCAUCCCUGCUCACCUGGGGAUGCACUGGGUGGUGGAUGCGGCCCUGGCAGCACGCGCAAAGCUUGAAAACACAGUCGGGCACUUUGACCUCAGUCAGAUCAGGCGCGUCACACUCAGAGUGCCUCCAUCCAAGUACGUGAACUGCCCCUUACCCGCCACGGAGCACCAAGCCAGGCACUCAUUUCAGUUCAACGCCUCCUCCGCCCUGCUAGAUAACAAAGUGACAGUGUCCUCCUUCAGUGGAGCUCAGAUUAACCGGCCUGCUCUGAAGGAGCUCCUCUCCAAAGUCCAAGUGGAGACCCCUAAAGAUAACCCACCCAGCUUCGACAAGAUGUACUGUGAGGUCGAGAUAGAAACGGAGCAGGGGCUGAGUCACGUAGCCAGGUGUGAUACCUUUUAUGGCCACUGGAGGAAGCCACUGAGUCAGGAGGACCUGGUGGAUAAGUUUAGCAGUAAUGCGUCCUCAGUGUUGUGCACUGAAGGGGUGGAGGGCGUGAUUGACCUCAUAGGGAACAUUGAGAGAGUGAGGGAAUGCUCCAUCUUAACUUCAUACCUGAGAAUGACAAGCAGUCAAGAGGGGCAGUGA